CAGCCGGCAAGCUGUCGAAGCGAAAGCAUUCCAGCGAGGACUCCAGUCCGCACAAGAAAGUCAUGGCAGUGAGUGCGCGCUUUCAAUCACCAAGCAGACGCGCCCCAAAUGGGCUGGCUGGGAUGUGCAUUAGUAAACCACUGCAUAGCUCAUGUGACACCCAUGGAACCCUACACUCUCGUCCCACUUACCUUUACACCUGCCUUUACACUGCACACUCAACACCACAACUAUGACUAACACGCCUCAGGACAAGAUGCAGGUUGACGACCCUCCGGCUGCGGUCGAGCAGCUCAGGGAGGCGUCCGGCAACAACGGCGAGAUCGAUGAGUCCCUUUACAGCAGACAACUGUACGUACUUGGCCACGAGGCUAUGAAGCGCAUGGGAUCCUCGAACGUCCUCGUAGCUGGUAUGCGAGGUCUUGGUGUCGAGAUCGCAAAAAAUAUUGCCCUCGCCGGUGUCAAGUCGUUAACACUCUACGACCCCAAGCCCGCCGCCCUUGCCGAUCUGUCGUCACAGUUCUUCCUCCGCCCAGAUGAUGUCGGCAAGCCUCGCGCGGCCGUCACCGUUCCCCGUGUCUCCGAGCUCAACCCAUACACACCUGUGCAGGAAUACACUGGCAAGGACCUGACGUCAGACUUAUCUCAGUUGAAGCAGUUCCAGGUCAUCGUCCUCACAGACACGCUGUUGAAGGAUCAGGUCAAGAUCGCAGACUACUGCCACGAGAACGGCAUCUAUGUCGUCAUCACCGACACACACGGUCUGUUCGGUACCAUCUUCACCGACUUCGGCAAGAACUUCACAAUCGGCGACCCUACUGGCGAGAACGUCACAAACGGUAUCGUCGCUGGCAUUGACUCAGAAGGUCUGGUUUCGGCACUGGAUGAGACACGACACGGACUCGAGGACGGUGACUGGGUUACAUUCUCCGAGGUCAAGGGCAUGGAGGGCCUCAACGACUGUGCGCCUCGCAAGAUUGAAGUCAAGGGACCAUACACGUUCUCGAUCGGCGAUGUUUCCGGCUUGGGCGAGUACAAGGGCGGGGGUCAGUACAUCCAGGUCAAGAUGCCCAAGAUUGUUAACUUCGAGCCGCUCAGCCAGCAGCUGAAGAAGCCCGAGCUUAUGAUCUCCGACUUCGCCAAGUUCGACCGCCCACAGCAGCUCCACGUCGGUAUCCAGGCUCUGCACCAGUUCGCUGAAAGCCACAACGGCGAGUUCCCACGACCGCACAACGAGGCCGAUGCAGCGGAGGUUCUGAGGAUCGCGCAGGGUCUUGCUGGGCAGGGUGAAGACAAGGUCGAGCUUGACGAGAAGCUGCUGAAGGAGCUCAGCUACCAGGCCCGUGGUGAUCUCAGCCCCAUGGCUGCUUUCUUCGGUGGCCUGGCUGCGCAGGAGGUUCUCAAGUCCGUCUCCGGAAAGUUCCACCCGAUCAUGCAGUGGCUGUACUUCGACUCUCUUGAGUCGCUGCCUACGUCGACUGCACGCUCGGAAGAGCAGUGCGCUCCGAUUGGCUCGCGCUACGAUGGUCAGAUUGCUGUACUAGGUCAAGAGUACCAGAAGAAGCUCGGCAACAUUAAACAGUUCCUGGUUGGUGCUGGUGCCAUUGGUUGCGAGAUGCUGAAGAACUGGGCUCUGAUGGGUUUAGCUGCCGGACCUGAGGGCAAGAUCACUGUUACCGACAACGACCAGAUCGAGAAGAGCAACCUGAACCGACAGUUCCUUUUCCGACCUCACGAUGUUGGCUCGCUGAAGAGCGCGGCAGCAGCCAAGGCUGUUCAGGCUAUGAACCCAGAUCUGAACGACAAGAUCAAGGUUCUGUCCGACAAGGUUGGCCCAGACACCGAAGACAUCUUCAACGAGACCUUCUGGAAUUCGCUGGACGGUGUCACCAAUGCGCUUGACAACGUCGAGGCACGCACAUACGUCGACCGUCGAUGCGUCUUCUUCCGCAAGCCUCUGCUCGACAGCGGUACUCUCGGUACGAAGGGCAACACCCAGGUCGUCCUUCCUUUCAUCACAGAGUCCUACUCUUCAUCACAAGAUCCACCGGAGAAGUCGUUCCCCAUGUGCACACUCAGGAGUUUCCCGAAUAGGAUCGAGCACACGAUUGCAUGGGCUCGUGAGAUGUUCGACAGUUUGUUCGUCAAGGGACCGGAAGUCGUCAACCUUUACCUCACACAGCCCAACUACCUUGGCGCGUCGCUGAAGCAGUCUGGUAACGAGAAGCAGACACUGGAGACACUGCAAGACUUCUUGGUGACCAAGAAGCCUCUCACCUUCGACGACUGUAUCAUCUGGGCCCGCCAGCAGUUCGAGAAGAGCUACAACCACAGCAUCGCGCAGUUGCUGUACAACUUCCCCAAGGACUCCACAACCGGCUCCGGCCAGCUGUUCUGGUCGGGCCCCAAGCGCGCACCAGACCCAUUGAAGUUCGACCCCUCCAAUCCCACGCACGCGACCUUUGUCGAGGCAGCAGCCAUUCUGCACGCUUUCAACUAUGGUAUCAAGCCAAAUGCGACCAAGGAGCACUACAUUGAGGUUUUGAACGACAUGAUUGUCCCAGACUUCAAGCCCGACCCAACAGUCAAGAUCCAGGCGAGCGAGAACGACCCCGACCCGAACGCCAACCAGCCUCCUGCGGACGACAACGACGAGCUGAACGACAUCAUCAGCCAACUACCGGCGCCGAAGUCGCUCGCUGGCUUCAAGCUUGAGCCCGUCGAGUUCGAGAAGGACGAUGACACAAAUCACCACAUCGACUUCAUCACAGCGUGCAGCAACCUACGCGCUGAGAACUACAAGAUCGAGCAGGCCGACCGCCACAAGACCAAGUUCAUUGCGGGCAAGAUCAUUCCCGCCAUUGCAACCACCACUGCGCUGGUCACUGGUCUUGUCAAUCUUGAGCUUUACAAGAUCAUUGAUGGUAAAGAUGAUAUCGAGCAGUACAAGAACGGCUUCAUCAACUUGGCAUUGCCGUUCUUCGGUUUCAGUGAGCCCAUCGCCAGUCCGAAGGGAACCUACGCUGGUCCGGACGGCGACGUGACGAUUGAUAGACUGUGGGAUCGCUUCGAGGUCGACGACAUCACCCUGAAGGAAUUCAUUGACCACUUCAAGCAGAAGGGAUUGGACAUCCAGAUGGUCAGCUCCGGUGUCAGCUUGCUAUACGCUUCAUUCUAUCCCCCUGCCAAGCUAAAGGACAGGAUGGGAUUGAGCAUGAGCAGGCUCGUCGAGCACGUCAGCAAGAAGCCUGUGCCGGAGCACCAGAAGAACGUCAUCUUCGAGAUCACUGCGGAGGACCAGAAAGAGGAGGAUGUUGAGAUCCCGUACGUUAUGGUCAAGCUGCAGAAGUAGGAUUCUUCAACUGGACGGUGGGACUCAGUUCUUGAGAAUGGUAGAUGAUGAAUUGGCACGGAGUACGACCACGAUAGACGAAUUGCAUGAAUAGACACUACUUCAGAC